ACUGAAACAGCGCGGGCGGGUAUUCAAUUGCAUCUUGAGAUGGCAGCAUCUAAAGGUGCAAACACGUAUAACCGCCAGAACUGGGAAGACUCAUCAUUUCCCAUUCUAUGUGAAACAUGUUUGGGGCCAAGUCCCUUUGUCAGAAUGAUGAAAGAAAAAUAUGGGAAGGAAUGUAAAAUUUGUAAUCGUCCGUUUACCGUAUUUCGCUGGUGCCCCGGCCCAAAAGCCAGAUUCAAGAAAACUGAAGUUUGUCAGAGCUGUGCGAAGAUUAAAAAUGUGUGUCAAACAUGUCUAUUUGAUCUCGAAUAUGGCCUUCCUGUCGAAGUUCGUGACAAAGCCCUUCGUCUAUCACAGCAACUGCCUCAGAAUGAUGUUAACCGAGAAUAUUUCCAUCAACAAAUUGAACAAAAUGCCGAAAUGGAAGGUGAUAUAACGGCUCCAUAUGGAGGACAUCAAUUGAUAGGAAAAACUCUGGCCAACACAGCUUCAGCCAGUAGCUCUAGCGGUGGUGGAGGUACAGACUUACUACUAAAGUUAGCUCGUACCGCCCCGUAUUAUCGUAGAAAUCGUCCGCAUAUAUGCUCUUUCUGGGUGAAAGGUGAAUGUAGAAGAGGUGAGGAGUGUCCUUAUCGGCAUGAAAAGCCUACGGAUCCUGAUGACCCACUUUCCGACCAAAACCUGAAAGAUCGUUACUACGGUCAUGAUGACCCAGUUGCAGCCAAAUUACUGUCGAAAUAUGACUCAAUGCCUAAGCUUACACCUCCAGAGGACCGUACAAUAACUACUUUGUAUAUUGGAGGUAUUCCUGAAGGCAUGACGGAAAAGGAUCUGCGUGAUCACUUUUAUCAAUUCGGUGAAUUACGUUCUGUCAAUCUUCACGCCAAACAACGAUGUGCUUUCAUACAAUUCACUACUAGAAGUGCUGCAGAACGUGCCGCCGAGCGAACUUAUGAUCGGUUAAUUUUAGGUGGUCAUCGGUUAACCGUUAAUUGGGGAAAAUCACCAGCGGCUUUGGCUGGAGCUAAUUCUCACUUAUCAGCAGAAACUGGUGAUAUAAGCCUACCUCCUGUACCUGGUUUGCCUCUACCUCCUGCUUUACCUCCAACCAAUUUAUUGAACAGAGCUAUGUCAAUUGGUCUUAGUGGAGGCUUUUUCAUGGCACCCCCUCCACCACCGCCGCCGCCACCACCACCACCUCUUGCUACCAGAUCUCUAGCAUCGGGUGAUAAAAUGCCUAUUGCCUCGACUAUACAAAUCGCACCACCAGUAGUUGAACCACUACCACCCGGAGAAAUAUUUAUGCGUGGCCCACCGCCACCACCUUUGCCACGAUACGUCGCUCGUCCUACUGCUGGCUUAUUGCAGACACCACCGUCAUCGGUUUUGCAUGACCCUAGUUCAACAGGCGUAUUGCCUCCAUUACCACCACCACCACCACCUCCCCCGCCACCACCACCAUCAUCCAAAACUGUAUCCUCAAAGGAAUCAAAGUCAAGUAAGGACACGUCAGCUGAUGAAGCAUUGGGUAUUCAUUAUCCAAGUCAAAAUCCUCAACGGAUGGGUAGUGUACCACACACUGAACAACAUGACUAGUUAAUCUUAUACAAUUCCAAUGUAUAAAUAUGUCUCAUUGAAUCAUACAUAAAUGGUUUCAUAAUAUUACAUUCCGGUUUCCAUACUCAUUCUCUAUGGUUUGGACGUUUAUACGCUUAAUGAUAAUAAUUAAAUUUUAUCCCACUUACGUUAUCAUUGACUGCUGUAUGUGUGUAAAUAUUUGUUUUAUUCCACUGAGGAUUAUCGUGAACAUGGCCUUCUGUUGUCCUCACACAAACUCAUACAGUACCUUUUUGUAUACAGCUAAUAGUAAAUCCAUCAAUAGAAUUCAUAUCGUAUUUAAGAGUUGUGUUUGAUAAACACUGGCUACCUUGGCCUGUUGUGUAGCGUUUGUAAAACUUAGUAUAUGUAGUCUCUCAUAAGCUUACAAUACAAAAGGGA